GUUGUGGGUACCACGCACCUGUCUGCCCUUGUCAUUCCCAUUCUAGAGCUGGUUGAAGCACGGUCUGCUCUCUGGUGGCUUUUAUUCUGUCUUGCUUACCGUGGAGUGCACAGAUACCUAUUGUUAUGUCAGCAAAAUGCAUAAACAAAGAGAAACAAGGCUCCUGUGGAUUGCCAGGCACAGAAUACUGUUUCUCUUCUCCUCUUGGCUACAUCAAUAUUACAGCUUGUGCUGCUGGCCUUCACUCACUCCAGCUUGAUGGCAGCAUAAAUGAUGAAAAUUUUUCACCUAAUGAAAGAACUGAGGUACAGCUACUCACAGAUGACUUGAAAACUCAGUCACAAGUGAUAAAGCAAUGUCAUAAGUGGCUUCAGACAUACUUUAAGAACCCUAAACUUUUAACCAAAGAGUCAAGACCAGAUAUAUGCUGCUUCAAGCUCGCAAACCUUGGAUUCCUUGGUCAAGUUUGGAAGACUCUUGCAGAUACUGUUGGCCCAGGAGAAGUCAUCACUUAUGGGGCUCUAGCUGCUAGGAUAAACAAUCCAGGUGCAGUAAGGGCUGUUGGCUCGGCCAUGCGCAAAAACCAAAAUGGAAUAAUUGUCCCCUGCCACCGAGUUGUCCGCUCCAAUGGCAUGGGUCUGUAUCAUAGAGGGAGUCGACAGAAAAUUAAAUUAUGGCUGUUAAAGCACGAAGGUAUUGACAAAUUCACUUAGGGAAGUGUUAACAAUGUAAUCACAUUAGCUGCAUAAUUUACUGAGAUAUAUUUCAUUAGUUAGUCUGAGGCUGCAUCAGCCAGUAGCAAGAGACUGUAUCUUACAUGGGUAGGAAGUUAAAUUAUGGAUAUCAGGAGGCCCCUGAACUUAAAAAAAAAAAAAAAAUUGUGUUCCUUGGUUUUUCAGAGUAUAAAAAUAUGUUCAUACACCAGCUCUUGAGCUGUAAAAUUUUAAUUGGUUGCUAAGUUUCUUACUUGUAAUGGGUUGCUUGUAAGUUGGGAGCCUCCUGUAUUUUUUUUUCUUUAGAAAAAAUUAGAAAGAUGAAUAUUUUAGUUGAUAUUAAAAUACUUCCUUGCACCAUGCUCUUUGAUUCAACAGUAUUCACUUAUUCAGAGGUUAAUAUCAACAUAUUGUAAAAUAUGAAUGUAGGAAGAUUUCAGAAUAAUGUAAUGUCUAGUUGGAAAUAAUAUAAGGGAAUUAAUGUCUAGGUUGAAAGUUUUUUAUUGCAUGGCUAUAUAUAGUUCAUAUAAUGUAUGUAUAUUUUUAUACAUAUAACCUAGAAACCAUUUUCUUAUUAAAUACAAUGUGAUGAUAGUUUUAAUGUUAGGCAUGAAUGGAGAUAAUUAGUUUUUAAUGGACAUGCUGUUGGAGUAUGAGCAAGGUAACAUUUAUGAAGAGAUUCAGGGAAGCCAGUUUGCUGAACUUGAGCCUUGGAGAUGGGAAGGAGAGUGCCCGCACUCUGAAGGAUGGGUGAUGUUGCACUCGGAGGGUAAUUUGAAUUAUGAUGCCAGCACACUUCUGACAAUAAUAGUGGUUGAAUGAAUAAUAGCAACUGUGCCCUUCUUCGGGUCACCCUGCUGUGGCAGCAAAUGGGCAAGGUAAAAAAUAGAAAAGGUGUUUAGCAGUCUUCCACCGAAAUAGUUUGACCCAAAAACGAGGAAGCUCAUUCACUUAGCCAUUAACAUUACUUUGCUCACACUCCAAGGUAAGUCAUAUAAACCACUAGCCUCUACUCACUCUGAUCUGACAGGUUCACAUGAACCUGUUAGAUGUUCAAACCUGUAGCACUCAAAAUCUUACCCCCUCCUGUCAACCCUUCCUGGGACAAUCACCAAUCCUUUUAACCCCAAGAUUAAUGCCUUGAACACACUACCUAUCUUCUCUUUCCCCCAUCCGCUUGUUCAUUGGUUCACAUCCUCUUUCAUAUACACGUCUGCCUAG